CGUGCGUGGUCAAAUUUCUUGCUUGCAAUGCUUACACCCUCGACACAUUUGUUUUUUGGUUAAAGCUGACUCGUCUUCCUGAAGAUCCUGGAGCGUAAUGCAUCGCCUCCCCAACUUCAAUCCACGUCACGAUGUCGACAGAGGCCAGAGAGCUGGAACUGGUGGGCAAGGUUGAGAUGCGCAUCGCCCUUGCAAAAGAUGACAAGCUGGAGUCUAUUCUAAAGCCUUACCUGCCCCCUUUGCUCCUGAAGCUCGCCAGCGAGCAUCCUGCUGUGCGGAACAAGGUCAUCUCAACAUGUCAACAUAUAAAAAUUCGUCUUGCGGGAAGCCAGGGUAUUGUUUUGCCCGUGGGAGCCCUCUUGAAGCAGUACAAAGAGAAUCCUGAUUCUUCCAUGAUUAGACACUUUGACCUCAUGUUCAUACAGCAAAGUGUUGGAAAACUGCCCUCAAAUGAACAAAUGGAAUUAUUGCCGACAAUCUUGCACGGCUUAGCAAAAGACUCUGGAAAACCAACAUGUGCAACUAUCUUCAACUUAUUCCUUCGCCUGUUGCCUCAACUUAGCAUACCGCCUCGUGGAAGCCAGGAAGACAUUGAAUUACGCCAACAUCUCGGACUCGAUGUCCACCAAGAAGAUGCUCAGUUUGUGGCAUCCUGGUUCGGCAAGCUUAUGCUUUUAUCGACUGUUCGGUCUACUGCUAGUGGAGUUACCUGUCCAGGACUGACUGUCCAAGAGUACGAGUUCCUGACCCUGAAUGGAAAGCAGGAGACAUGGGAUUCUUCCGCAGACGAAGGACUGAACUUGACUCAGACGAAGAUCAUGGUUCUUGCUUUCCUAACAAGUGGCGCAUUCACUGACGAGGAGCGGUUCCUACCUGCUCUUUUUGCAUCUGGCGAUGCCAACUCCAAGAUCUCCGGUGCGGGCGACGACUUGUUAAAACGAUCCAAAAUGUCAUUAGAAAAACCGGAAAUCAUUCAGAAUUUGCUGCAGAUUUACUUCACCCUAAAACCAGCACUUCAAACAAGACUGCUUGUGCUUUUAACUAAAUCUGCUGUUUCCACAACUUUCACACAACAAGUCAUCCGAAUUGUGCAGGAAGCAUUACAGCCAGACGACAAUGCGAAUCUUCCAGCGAAGGGCCUCGAGACGAUCAAGUUCCGCAAUGCUCUGUUUAAUUACAUGAACUGGGCAUCUCGAAUAGCCUCUGUUGAUAAUAUCUCUCGGGUUGCGCCCCAACUUGUUGGAUUCCUUCGCAGCUAUAUUGAAGACCAAGGCUGGCCUGUUCCGAACGAAAGAUCGUCGGACGCCGCAUCACUGAGAGCUCUAGCUUAUGAAACUCUGGGAUCGUUAGCAAAAACAACCCCCUCUAUUGUUCUCGAAAUAGACCUAUCCUUGGUUCGGUGGCUAUUCAGGUCUUUAACAGAAGAAGGGUCGUCUGACACUAUCUUUGUUAGUAUCGAGGGAGCUUUGGCAAGUCUGCUCAAUACUUUUUCUACACCGUUGAAUAUCGCCAUCCGGGAUGAGCUACGCCUGUUGUUACUCAAGUACAUGACACUAGAGGAAGGCGAAGCUAUUGUCAGAAGUGCUCGAUUUGCAACUGUUCGUUGGGCAAACCGGUGUCUUGAGUACAAUGAUAUUGUGGGGCGGUGGAUAGAUAUAUUGGCCCUGGGAGGACGGACCGAUGAACGAAGUGAUGUAAUUGAAGAGGGCAAAAAGGGACUGGACCCUUACUGGUAUCGAUUACUCAACGCGUCUCCUACUUCAUCUUCUUGCCCUCUCCCAGAUUGGAAUGAGAUGGUCAAAGUUUUCUUCACUUCCCACAGCAUGCUUGAGAACUCUAGCAUUUCCAACAGUAUGAAAACUGGCAUGGACAUAGAUGCUGUAUCUGUAUUUGGCAAUUUCCCUGGCCCUAAAAUCCAUGCAUUUUCCUCCGCUAUCAAUUAUUGCCGUCGAAUGCUUCUGAUGGCUGCGUUGGAGAAGACAGAGAGCCCUCUUACUGUGGAUGCGGAUUGGGAACGGCAGUUGGAUGUUCUGUUCCGAUCCGACAGGCUGUCCCGAAAAGCUAUGAAGGAUCAUGUCAGCUCUGUGGACCAGGAGGCACUGUUCAUCUAUCUUACUGCGUCUUUCGAAGGCAUGCUCAGAAAUGAUGGAAACGGCCUUGGAGAAUGCGGCAAAUGCUUUGUCGAGAUAGCGUCUAUUGCUCCAAGUAGGACCAUUGCAAAGCUUGCAGGGAGAGCUGCUGAGUUGCUACCAUCGAUUCGGUCGAACAACGUCGCCACGCGUUUCCUUGCAACCCAGGCAUUUGGGAUUCUCGCGCCUCACCCCGUGUCUCCUGCAGAAUCCACACAAGGAUUCAUGACAUUACUCACUCAUGAUAUCAAGCCGUGGUCCACCGCGGUAGGUGCAGGUGCGAACAAAGUCCAUGGUUCCAUUCUUGCGUUAGGCUCCAUUCUUAGUAGGAGUGCAUACUAUGGCCGCCUCGGCAAUAUCGACCACGUUAGCAUUGAGGAAACUGUUACCCUUCUGUUGAACGUUUUGGCGGAGGCAAAGGAUGCCUCAACAAGAGAAGCUGUCCUUCAUGCAGUAGGACAACUCAGUGCGUCAGGUGUCCUUACUGCCGCGCUGGUCGAAAAAUCUUCUUACGGUACAACUGCGAUCAUUGAACUACUGACGGUCGAAGCUAAGAAGGGGAAUGAGAAAUCAAUCUCGGCCUUAGGACGGUUUGCGCUUAUAUUCGAUGAGAUUGUUCAGCAAUCAGAUGGUCCACUUAUAUCAAUUACAUCUAACCUCUACAGUCUGUUCGAACUCAAGCAGGCUGAAACCCAUUUCACUGUCGGAGAAGCUCUCAGCUGUAUUGCUGCCGGAUGGGAGUCCGAUGUUCUUCAACUCAGCCUGGACGUUGAUGCUUCAUAUAGCGGGCGAACCAAACGACAUCAAACUCUCGAAGCCAUGAUCCAGAAGCUGCUUCAAGAAUGCAAAACGACGAAACCAUCCCUAAAAAAGGCAUCCGGGAUAUGGCUAUUCUGUCUGAUCCAAUACUGCGGGCAUCUUAGCGAAAUUCAAGCCAGACUGCGAGAGUGUCAAGCUGCCUUCAUGGGCCUUCUCUCAGCACGCGAUGAGCUGGUUCAAGAAACUGCAUCCCGGGGUCUUAGUCUGGUAUAUGAGCAAGGGGACAAGGAACUGAGAGAGCAGCUCGUAAAGGAUCUCGUUGCAUCCUUUACCGGCACAAGCACACAACUAAAAGUGGACGAAGAGACCGAACUGUUCGAACCUGGAGCCCUCCCAACAGGGGAGGGAAACUCCGUGACAUCCUACAAAGAUAUCAUAUCUUUGGCAAAUGAGGUGGGUGACCAAAGUCUGGUGUAUAAAUUUAUGUCGCUUGCAUCAAACGCCGCGACGUGGUCAACCCGUGCCGCAUUUGGAAGAUUUGGGUUGAGCAGCAUCCUCUCUGAAUCGGAGAUUGAUCCGAAGCUCUACCCAAAACUUUACCGCUACCGAUUUGAUCCGAAUCCAAACGUUCAGCGUUCGAUGAAUGACAUUUGGAGCGCCCUCGUGAAGGAUUCGAGUGCUACCAUCAAUCUUUAUUUCGACGAGAUUCUUGCGGAUCUCCUGAAAAGCAUACUUGGCAAAGAGUGGCGGACGCGACAGGCGAGUUGUGCUGCCAUUGCCGACCUUGUACAGGGUCGUGAGUUUGACAAAUACGAAAAGCACCUUCAAGAGAUAUGGCAUGUUGCGUUUAAGGUUCUUGAUGAUAUCAAAGGCUCUGUUCGAUUAGCAGCCCUCUCACUCAGUAUGGUAUUGACCAAUAUCCUCGUCCGCCAAGUCGAAGCGGGAACCUCUUCCAAACAUGCUCAGACCAUGUUGAAAGAAGUCUUGCCAUUCCUUGUUUCGGGACAGGGGAUGGAAAGUUCUGCUAAAGAAGUAAGACACUUUGCGACUGUGACGGUGCUGAAGCUUAUUAAGAGUGGAGGGAAAGCUCUCUUGCCUUUUGUACCAGGUCUUGUUGAGCAGCUUCUGGGACUUUUGAGCACAAUCGAACCGGAGGAAAUCAACUACAUCUACCAGCGGGCCGCACAAUAUAAUCUUACCGAAGCCAAGAUCGACAGCGUAAGGUCAGACGCGGUCGCUCAGUCCCCUCUGAUGGAAGGGAUUGAGCGCUGUUUAGACUUGCUUGAUGGUCUGACCAUGGAACGAUUCGCUCCUCGUCUCGAAAAUACUGUCAAGACAACACUCGGAAUGCCUUCAAAGAUUGGAUGUGCGGCUGUUCUAGUCAGCCUUGCAACCAGGCAUUCCUUCGUCUUUCGUCCUCACACAGAUUUGUUCCUCAAGAUCAUUGAAAAGGCGGUACUUGAUCGCAACAAUGCCGUCAGUGCUGCAUAUGCUAGAUCUGCAGGAUAUCUGUCACGCGGUGGAUCCGACGAUGCACUCUUGCGGCUUGCAUCAUACGCAAGAGGUCUCUAUUUCAACGCGGAGGACGAGACCCGCCGACAAGUUGCAGCCGAAAUUACCUAUGCUGUUUCAAAAUUCGCCACCGAUCGCUUCAAUGGACUGGCUUCAGAGUUCUUACCAUUUGUCUUCUUCGCCAAGCAUGAUUUCGAUGAUCAUGUGAAGGAGCAGUUUGAAAAUACUUGGAGUGAGAACGUCGGAGGCUCACGUGCUAUUCUCUUGUACUCUAAAGAGAUCAACAGUAUUUCCAUUGAACGUCUUGAAUCUCCCAAAUGGACCAUAAAACAUACUGCAGCCCUUACUAUUGCAGAUGUGGUAGAAUCAUCUGGAUCAGAAAUCAGUGGUCCCAAUGCAGCAGCAAUCUGGCCAGCAUUGGAGAAAGCCCUAGCACUCAAGACAUUCAAUGGCAAGGAGAAGGUCCUCGAGGCAUUCAUCAAGUUCACAAGUUCAGGGAAAUUACUCUGGAGUGCAGAACCUAGCAUUGCAUCUCAGAUGAAGAAAAUUGCUAUCCGGGAAGCAAAACGGAACAAUGACAUGUACCGACCUCACGCAUUCAACAGUCUAGGGGAAUACAGCGAGGCACGCACAGAUAUAGACAUGUUUGGGGAAGUCCACGGCAUCGUUGCCCCAGUUCUCGAAGAACUUUGCAGCGAAGACAAGAUGGAUACUUCCAACGACACACCCAGUGGAGGCAAGUCGCAAGAGUCGGCAACGAUCACAGCUAGCAUUUCGGCCUUGUUCCGAGCUGUGAACGUCAAGCAACUCGAUUCGUCCCCUCUUGGGCAUCUCCCACUGCUCUUGGAGGUAAGUCAAAAGAUAUUGCCUUCGCCGAAGAUCACAAUUGUGGCACGAACUGCACUCUAUGAACGAACCAAAAGCUUGUUCGACGGCCUUCGCAAGAGAACACACAGCCAAGGCUCCAGCAGGUAUGAGUUGGCGCUGGGCUUCUUCACAUUAUUGGGAGUACCUAGUGGCUCGGGCAGUGAAGCUAUGAGAAUGAAAAGGGGUGAGGCUGCCGAAGCGAUUGCCCUGGCUCUCACAGGUGGCGUAUUUGGAAUGUUCAGGGAGGGACGAGAUGAGGUCAAGGUGACAAUGAGGGGCAUGGUUACGGAUGGCAGAAAGGACGAGCGAUCGCCAGGCGUGCGAACUGUAUUAGACCGGGUCACGAAAGCCCUCGACGAGUGACGAUAGAUAGAUAGAUAGAUAGAUAGACAGCUCACAUGAAACCCUGGUAGAACAUCGCGAAUACGGGAAAGGCCCAGCAAUCCCGUGAUUCAGGCACGCAUAACAAUUUUC